AUGAUCUUUUUAAAUCCCUAUCGUUGUACAAAGGAGAACUCAUGUCCCAGAGGCAUGGGAAGUUAUGAACCUCCAAAAUUAAUUUUUCCAAUUCCUUUAAAAAUGAGUUCUCUUGCGGAAAUUCUUUGUUUGGCCGAAGCUGCAGGUGAACUUGAUGGACCAAUGUCAUCUAAACGUAGAAGAUACUGGGUCCACCCACUUAAUAGUAAUCGAGAGAGUGAUAUGCGAUUUACAACCUUUUUCAAUGACAUCAAAAAAUACCCCGAAAAAUUUUUCGAUUAUUAUCGUAUGUCGAUCUUGUCAUUUGAAGAGCUAUUAGAAAAAGUGAGGCCAAAAAUUACUAAAGAGAUUACCCAUUUACGUAACCCAAUAAGUGCUAAAGAAAGAUUGACGGUCACAUUAAGAUAUUUGUCAACGGGGAUUCAUUUUUCUGCACUACAUUUUGAUUUUCGUAUUGGCAAGAGUACUAUUAACCAAAUCGUCUGUGAAACUUGUCAAAUUUUAUGGUCAGUGUUACAACCCACGGAAAUGCCCGAACCAAACCGAGAAAAAUGGGUUGAAAUUUCUGAACUUUUUUAUAAAAAAACUAAUUUUCCAAAUUGUCUAGGGUCCAUUGAUGGAAAACACAUUAGAUGCAGAAACCCAAACAAUUCUGGGUCUCUUUUUUAUAACCAUAAAAAGUACUUUUCCAUCGUACUUAUGGCAGUGGUAGAUGCAAAUUUAAAUUUCAUUUUUAUCGAUGUCGGAGCUUACGGGCGAGAAGCUGAUUCCAACGUUUUUCGACAAAGUGUAUUUGGUAAAAAGUUGUAUACAAACCAACUACAAAUUCCUGAUGCGGUAUCGUUGCCUUUGACGAAAAAUAAUGCACAACCAUUUGUAUUUGUUGCCAAUGAGGCAUUUGGUCUACACACCAACUUAUUACGACCAUAUCCAGGACGUGGGCUGAAUAAUACUCUUAGGAUAUUUAAUUAUAGGCUAUCGAGAGCAAGACGCACUCUCGAGUGUGCUUUUGGUGUAUUAGCUAAUAAGUGGAAUGUAUUACAUACAACUAUUCUAGUUGAACCCGAUUUUUGUAAUCACAUCAUAAAAGCAUGUUGUGUUUUGCAUAACUUUGUUCGAAAGAGUGACGGGUGUAACUAUGACGAAAAUAUUUCAGAUACGGCCUAUAUUAAUUACCUAGAAGAUUUUCAAGGACAUGGUAGACGUAUACCGUAUACGUAG